CAAUCUCAAAGAAGAAGAACGUAUAUUAGCUAACGCCGCAUUUUCGAAAUGGCAUAUCUCGAGUUCAAGUUUGAGGACGAAAUAACUAAAUACAUUCUUGAACAAGAAUUGGCAACGUCGCUGAAAUUCGUAAUAUUGGGAAAGGACAAAAGUUUUGGGCAAAAGGAUGCACAGCCUUUGGCACGGAAAAAACUCAGCUGGGAGAGUAAAAGUAUCCCGUUCAAUGGCGUUCCGUUUCAAGUUGUUGGCACAAAGACGUAUGAAUGCCACCAGGGCAAAGACAGACAGACAAAAGCCAAAGAGAAAUAUGCUGCUGAAAGAGACAAGAGAAGGAAAAAUGAAGUGUCAUCUGAACACCUUUGUAGUGGAAGAGCUUUUCCAUGGAGAGCAGCCCCUCCACCUACUCGCAGGCGCUAUUACCCUACUGACAGUGACAUAAGAAAUGUCAUGUUUAAGACCAAGCGGGCCACCGGAGACUCCAACAUUGACCGUCCAUACGAAGGUCCAUCUGGAAGAGGAAAGAAGAGGUCCUCUAGGAAGCUGUUGCGGUUACGGAGGCAAUGUGCAGGAUAUCUUAAAGACAUCACAGAACUCACUUAUCAUCUCGAAGAGGAACAGUACGUGACUGACCUGUCUUCACAGCUCAGAAGUGUGUUGCUGGAUAUGAAGGCCCAUGUUCCACAGGAUAAAGACCUUCCACUGACCUUUUCUCCAAGGAAGAGAAAAGCUGAGAUGGACAUGGACCUCAUUCCAACCAAGAGUGCAUCACACCCUUUCAUAGAUGGGUUAGAACAGCAUACAGAGGACAUAGUGAGCGUGGAUACCUUGUUGGCAUUGAGCCUAGGUUAGUAGGGCUGAGUGGAUAUCUUGUUGGCAUUGAGCCUAGGUUAGUAGGGCUGUGUGGAUACCUUGUUGGCAUUGAGCCUAGGUUAGUAGGGCUGAGUGGAUAUCUUGUUGGCAUUGAGCCUAGGUUAGUAGGGCUGAGUGGAUACCUUGUUGGCAUUGAGCCUAGGUUAGUAGGGCUGAGUGGAUACCUUGUUGGUAUUGAGCCUAGGUUAGUAGGGCUGAGUGGAUACCUUGUUGGCAUUGAGCCUAGGUUAGUAGGGCUGAGUGGAUACCUUGUUGGUAUUGAGCCUAGGUUAGUAGGGCUGAGUGGAUACCUUGUUGGUAUUGAGCCUAGGUUAGUAGGGCUGAGUGGAUACCUUGUUGGUAUUGAGCCUAGGUUAGUAGGGCUGAGUGGAUAUCUUAUUGGCAUUGAGCCUAGGUUAGUAGGGCUGAGUGGAUAUCUUGUUGGUAUUGAGCCUAGGUUAGUAGGGCUGAGUGGAUACCUUGUUGGUAUUGAGCCUAGGUUAGUAGGGCUGAGUGGAUAUCUUGUUGGUAUUGAGCCUAGGUUAGUAGGGCUGAGUGGAUACCUUGUUGGUAUUUAGCCUAGGUUAGUAGGGCUGAGUGGAUAUCUUGUUGGCAUUGAGCCUAGGUUAGUAGGGCUGAGUGGAUACCUUGUUGGUAUUUAUCCUAGGGCUGAUGACUGUGUGGGUUCUGCCACCAAUUCAGUAUAUUUUGGAUAGUGUAACU